CAAAAAUUCUUUAUUUAUAAGACAUCCACCAACCGCGGGAGGAUAAGUGGUGGAGAAAGAGGGAAAAAAAAGGAAUGUGACGAAUGUGAUUUGUCAACGUAAUCGAUUUUGGCGGUCUCGAUCUGUUGUUUUCUGCAAAAACAAGUGACAGAUAAACUUUAUGAUAUUUUUCUCCCACGGAUCUGAGACUUUUCCCCAAAUUUGCCCUAGUUAAUUUUUCAGAGAAGAUUUUUAGUUUUUUGUUGUUUUGUUCUUCAUCACGUCGAGCUAAAUCUAGGAUUUUCAUUUUUGAUCAUUUGGUUUGAUUCGUGCUUUUGCCCUCGGAAUCUGAUGCGAUUUCAUCCUUAAUCGUUGUCCCCAAUCUCUUGUUUUUGUGUGUAAAUUGCUAAAAGUUUCUUAUAUUUCGGUAAUCAAGUUUGAGAAAUUCGAUCUCUCUUUCUCUUUUACCUUAGAUUUAGGGUUCCUGCUUUGCUCUUGGCUCUUCCAUUCACCUUAAUUAUAAUGAAUUUCCGAGUCUCCAUACUCCUUCUCUGUGCGAUAGCUGCUGGGUCAUGCUUACCUUCCGGGUUCGCCUCGUCCCGGCCGGGAGUUUGCGAUCACGGGUUCGAGGUGUUCCGAUGCGGAAUCGAGGGAAAAUGCCAUCCUUCUCUGUAUCCAAGGCCUCCUGUUGAGGUAGAUGGAGACUUGUUAGACAGGCUCAUGGAUGCAAACCGUGGAAAUGCUUAUACAUCCAUACUAUUUUAUGCCUCACGUUCCCCGUUUUCACGUGCAGUUCGCCCAAAGUUUGAUGCUCUGAGUUCAAUGUUUCCCCACAUAGGGCACCUAAUUGUUGAGCAAUCUCAGGCUUUACCAUCUGUCUUUUCUAGGUAUGGUAUCCAUAGCUUGCCCUCAAUCCUGAUGGUGAAUCAAACAUUAAAGAUGCGAUACCAUGGUCAAAAGGAUCUUGCAUCCCUAAUUCAGUUUUACGAAGAAACAACAGGUCUUAAACCUGUCCAGUAUGUGGAUGAAGGUGAACCAACAAGCUUGGACACCGACGGGAACCUGAUCACUUGGGUACGCAACGGGUCAUCUAUCAGAGAAAUAGCGGAAACAGAGCCAUAUUUGGUAAUUGCACUGAUGUUUCUGUCUUUGAAACUGGCAAUUUUGAUCUUCCCCAUCAUGGUAUCGCGCUUGAAAACGUUAUGGGCGUCUUAUGUUCCGCAUCUGAGCUUGGGAAUACUCGGUGAGACUAGCCAACUGUUUGGCCGUGCCCUGCACAUGAUGGACGUGAGGAGGCUAUGGUUGAAACUGAGACUCACCAAAACAAGGAACUUCCAAGAGAGAGCAAAGAACGCACUUGCAUCAGUUUCGCUAGGAAAAUCUACUUCACAAUCAGCCUGAAGGGUGAUUUAGAAAUCAUUCAUUGUCGAUGAGCUUAGUUAGAUUACUUUACUUUCUGUGGUCCUACGGACAUGUUUCUGUAACUUUGGAAUUCCUCUUGUCUCUGUAUGUAAAUCAGGUUUUGCUUCUUUUGUGAAUAUUUUUCUCCCUUUUCUGAAUGUUCUUGUAUGGAUUAUGAACGGUUUGGUUUAAUUGGUAUUAGAGGUGGACACUUGUUGGGUCGUAUAUGUGAAAGAAACUUGUCGACACUGUGGAUCACUGUGGUUCACAUGUUGAAGUUUCAU